AUGACAAGGAUGUCUACGUGUGUAUACCACUUGUUUGUCUUGAGCUGGUAUAUCUUCCUCAACUUUUAUAUCUCACAAGAAGGACAGGAUCCACGGAAAUCCCAAAUCUUUCUAAAUGGGGGACAAUGGAAGUACCUAACAUUCCUUAAUCUGCUCUUGCAGGCCAUUUUCUUCGGGGUGGCCUGCCUGGAAGAUGUGCUGAGAAGAACCAAAGGGAAAAAAGACAUUAAGUUCGUAACAGCCUUCAGAGACCUGCUUUUCACCACACUGGCUUUUCCGAUAUCCACAUUUGUAUUUCUGUCAUUCUGGAUUCUCUUUCUCUACGACAGAGAACUCGUUUACCCUAAGGCCCUAGAUACCAUCUUUCCAGUGUGGUUGAAUCAUGCAAUGCACACGUUCAUCCUUCCGUUCUCGCUAGUCGAGGUCAUCCUCAGACCACACUGCUACCCACUGAGGAAGAGAGGACUCACCCUGCUGGCCGCUGCUUGCCUCGCCUAUGUCAGCAGGGUCCUAUGGAUCUACUCUGAGACGGGUACAUGGGUAUAUCCUGUAUUUGCCAAACUCAGCCCAGUGGGUCUAGCAGCCUUCUUCUCUCUCAGCUACAUCUUUACCACCGGCAUCUACCUAUUUGGAGAGAAGCUCAACCACUGGAAAUGGGGUGACACAGUGCAACCGAGGAAGAAGAGGAAGUGA